AUGUCGACUAUUAAACCAUUCCAAAUUUUCGAUAUUUUGGAUUACAACAACAUUAAUUUAGACAUCCUGACCGAAACAGUAACUAUUAACCUAAAUUUAGUUCAAUGUUGGCUUCUAUGGAAAGUACAUAGCUAAAUGGCCAGAAUUUUGUAUUUCCAUCAAAAAUCACUUUGGCAAUUUCUAAGGAUAUUGUAAAUACUUCUUCUAUUAAUUUUUAAGUAUUGGGAAAGAUUGAAGGAGAAAAAGCCAACAACAAUAAGCAGAAUUGGCAUGGUCAUAUUAGUGUAUAUAUAAUAAAUUAUGAAGGCAAUUACUGUAGCACCUGAAUACCGAAGGUAGGGAGUGGCAAGAUUCUUGAUGAAUUACAUUGAAGAUGUAACGAAUAGUUAAAAUGGAUGGUAUGUGGAUUUGUUUGUUCGACCUUCAAAUAAAAUUGCUGUGUUGAUGUAUUAAAAUUUCGGAUAUGAAAUAUAUCAGACUGUAUACUAAUACUAUAGUAGUCAAAAUGGAAAAUACGAAGAUGCAUAUGGUAUUUUUCAGUCCUAUCAAAUUAGAUAUGAGAAAGUCCAUGUUGAGAGAUAAAUAGAAACUAAAAUAGAAACCUACUGGAAAGGUGAUCAAACCAGAAGAAUUGGAAUUUAAUUGAGUGCGUAAAUUUAAUAUCCAUCUAUUAAUAAUUGUUAAACAGA